CAAAUGCCACACAAGUGAUCACAAUUCCCACACGCACCAUUCUUUUGAAUCUUUCCCACACUAAACUAACCUCCUCAAGUAAGCAACAGCGAUAGAUUGCUACUCCCAAAUGCAAGUAUUCAAAUUACAAACCAAAAGUCUCAACACAAGCUUCUCAUUAUAGCUCUAGUGCCGUAUUACUCUUCCUCUCUUCCAUCCAUCCAUCAUCUUCUCAAGCUCUCUCAUUCCACAACCAUGGGAUCUACUGCAGCAGCACUCAUGCUGCCACCAUCAAAACCAGAGCAGUUUUCACCGGCAUGCCGAUCUUUUCGACGUCGAAUUAGUAGUAAAAACAGAUCAAUGGUUCCGGUGGCAAGGUUGUUUGGCCCAGCAAUUUUUGAGGCUUCCAAACUUAAGGUUGUUUUCUUGGGAGUUGAUGGAGAGAAGCACCCUGGCAGCCUUCCUAGAGCCUACACUCUCACUCACAGUGACUUCACCUCCAUCAUCACUCUAGCUAUCUCCAACACCAUCAAUUGUGCACAGUUUGAAGGAUGGUACAACAGGCUGCAAAGAGAUGAAGUGGUGGCAGAGUGGAGGAAAGUGAAAGGAAAGAUGUCACUCCAUGUGCACUGUCACAUAAGUGGAGGUCAUUUCCUGCUUAACCUUGUAGCCAGGUUACGUUAUUAUAUAUUUUCCAAAGAACUACCUGUUGUAUUGAAGGCUUUUGCACAUGGAGAUGGGAACUUGUUUGAGAAUUAUCCAGAGUUAGAGAAGGCUAUGGUUUGGGUUUACUUUCACUCAAACAUGGCUGAGUUUAAUAAGGUUGAGUGUUGGGGAGAACUCAGAGAUGCAGCCAUGGUUGGCAAAGAUCAUAGUUUGGUAACAGAGGAGGAGUUGAGAACACCCAAGUCAUGUGAGGUGGACUGUGAGUGUUGUUUUCCUCCUUACAGUUUGAUUCCUUGGUCUCAUGAAUCGGAGAAAUUUGAACAGGUUCAUGGAUCAAGUGAGCAACAACUUCAGUAGUGUUGGUGUUGUCUUUAGACAUUGGGAUUGAUUAAUUCAUUUAUGGAUGGGGUAAUGUAAUGUGUACAUAAGUCUAGAAUGUGAUAGUGCAGGACCUCUCUGUUUCUCAAUGACAUAUGAACAGGGGUGUGUGUUUAGUGGAUUUUAUUUUUAUCUUUAAUAAUAUUUUAUUCAAUUAGACUGAAA